AUGAACAAGAGUGCUUCUCCGAAGGACUCGGGUGACAACCCCGUGACCCACUUUGAUUUUCUCAAGAAAGCUAAACGCUUUUCCCCUCUCGACUCUUCUCUUGGAGUUCUUGCUUUCUUCUUCGUCGCUUCUCUCUUCAUCGCUUGCUUCUUCUACUUGGAUAACAAAGGGUUCCGCUCCCGAGCCACCACUAUCCUUGACUUCGAUUUUUCAUCAUCUUCAACUUCUUCUGUAACUUCCUCUUCUGUUACUUCUUCUCCUUCUUCUUCAUCUUCUUCUUCUUCUUCUUCUUCUUCUUCUGCUUCGGGCCCGGUUCAGUUUCUGAGCCCAGAGGGUGAUGGCUGUGAUGUCUUUGAUGGGAAUUGGGUUUGGGAUGAGACUUACCCCCUUUACAAUUCCGCAAACUGUUCGUUCUUGGAUCAAGGUUUUCGCUGCUCCGAGAAUGGCAGACCUGACACAUUCUACACGAAAUGGCGAUGGCAACCCAAAGAUUGCAACUUGCCCAGAUUUGAUGCAGGGAAGAUGUUGGAAAAGCUACGGAACAAGCGACUAGUUUUUGUUGGUGAUUCAAUUGGAAGGAACCAAUGGGAAUCACUACUUUGUAUGCUCUCUUCGGCAAUUCCAAAUAAGGCCAAGGUCUACGAGGUUAAUGGGAGCCCAAUUACAAAGCACACAGGCUUCUUGGCCUUUAAGUUUGAAGAUUUCAACUGCACCAUUGAAUACUAUAGAUCACCGUAUCUUGUAGUGCAGGGUCGACCACCUUCUGGUGCACCUGAUGGGGUAAGAAUGACUUUGAGAGUGGAUCAUAUGGACUGGAUUUCACAUAAAUGGAGAAAUGCAGAUGUGCUGGUUCUCAAUGCUGGACAUUGGUGGAAUUAUGAGAAGACUAUAAAAAUGGGCUGUUACUUCCAAAUAGGGGAGGAAGUGAAGAUGAAUAUGACUACAGAAGAGGCAUUCAGAAAAUCAAUAGAGACAGUAGUUGAUUGGAUUGACAAUGGAGUAAACACAAACAAAACUUACGUCCUUUUCCGAACUUAUGCUCCCGUCCAUUUCAGGGGUGGUGACUGGAAUACUGGUGGUGGUUGUCACUUGGAAACAUUACCUGAUUUAGGUUUCUUGCCAGCAGUAUCCGACAACCAUUUCAGAACUGUCGUUGAUGUCUUGUCAGAACGCACAAAUAAAUCUGAGUUCUUGAAUCUGGACUUGCUUAAUGUUACACAAAUGUCAAUACGCCGGAGAGAUGGCCAUGCAUCCAUUUACUAUCUGGGACCAGACGGUACAGCCCCAAUGCAGCGCCAAGACUGUAGCCAUUGGUGCCUACCUGGUGUUCCCGAUUCAUGGAAUGAGCUUCUUUAUGCACUUCUUCUCAAGAGGGAGGAUUUUUGGGAGCAGAGACAAAAUACCACAAAUGUUUCUCAAGUUCCACUAUAA